UUUUCACUUCAAGAGACCUUACAUUAAAGGAUCAUGGUAGACAGUUUAAUAGUUUCUUUGAGACUUCUCAGUUCGCUAGCAGUGCUGGGAUUUCAGUUUGUCAUCCCACAGCCUUCAAUUGAACACAGAAAGGUUCCCCAGAGGAUAGAAGAGCAAAGAGAUGCAUCUGAGGAUAGCAGUGCAGGAAUCCCAGGCAUGUGGGGAAGUUGGGGCCCCUGGUCUGCCUGCUCUCGAAGCUGCAGUGGUGGUGUGAUGGAGCAGACGCGGCCCUGCCUUCCAGCCUAUUACCGGGAAAGGGGCUACCGAAGGCCAGGGCGGCAGUACCCAGCCUCAGAGAGAACUCUUGCUCAUCAGCAUUCCCGUCACCAUGAGGACUCGCUGACUGCUUAUCCUGGCCAUGUCAUUUCUGCCAUCCGUACAUCUGUGCCACUUCACAGGAAUGAAGAGCAGCUUUGGGCUGGCCUUUGGGCUUCUGCUUCUUCUGGAGGCCAUAAUAACAGCCACCUGAGCAGAGGAGCAUUGAGAGGCAGCAGGCAUUCUCAGACCCAGAGUCAGAACACCAAGCCAGAAAAGAGAAGCAGAAAUAGAAAUCCUAUUGGUCCAGGAAAGUAUGGGUAUGGAAAAGUGCCCUACAUUUUACCUUUACAAACAGAUACCGGUCAGCAGCCUCAGAAACUUCGGAGACAGCGACAGUCCUCUAGGAACCAUGUGUUUCAUCAGAGUUCAAGUCUCAUGAACACUUACAGUCAGGGAGCUAGUCCUUCACUUCAACAUGGGAAUCUUUAUCAAGAAGAAAGUGGGCCUCAGGCUGGACAUCAAGCGCUGGGACCGUCAGUUUAUCAGUCAUCUUCGUUUCCUGUAUCUCAAAGCCUGUUUCACAGCAGUGACUCAAAUCAUCAUGGGUCCGCAUCACACCAAGCAGUGCAGGGUCAGCCUCAGCCUCAAAGGGCUGCAGCAAUUGUGUGCAUUGGCACUUACAAGCAAUAUAAACUCUGCAACACCAAUAUGUGUCCUGAAAGCAGCAGAAAUAUUAGAGAGGUGCAGUGUGCAUCAUACAAUAACAAGCCAUUUAUGGGUCGAUUUUAUGAAUGGGAACCUUUUGCAGAAGUGAAGGGAAGUCAGAAGUGUGAGCUGAAUUGCCGUGCAGUAGGCUACCGAUUCUAUGUGAGACAAGCUGAAAAGGUAAUUGAUGGGACACCCUGUGACCAGAAUGGAACUUCAAUCUGCGUUGCAGGGCAGUGCAAGAGCAUUGGCUGUGACGACUAUCUGGGUUCAGACAAGGUGAUUGACAAGUGUGGAAUAUGUGGAGGGGACAACACUGCUUGCAAGGUUGUGUCUGGAGUUUUCAAACACACGCUAACAAAUCUUGGCUACCACAAGAUAGUGGAAAUUCCUGAAGGAGCUACUAAAAUCAACAUUACUGAGAUGUCAAAGAGCAACAACUACUUGGCACUGCGAAGUCGAUCAGGAAGGUCCAUCAUCAAUGGAAACUGGGCAAUUGAUCGGCCUGGGAGAUAUGAAGGUGGUGGGACAAUGUUCAUUUAUAAACGCCCAAAUGAAAUCUCCAGCACUGCAGGAGAGUCAUUUUUAGCAGAUGGCCCAACAAAUGAAGUCCUUGAUGUCUACAUGAUACAUCAGCAGCCUAACCCAGGUAUACACUAUGAGUAUAUCAUUCCAGGAGACAAUGUCAUUAGUCCUCAGUUGCUUGCUCACAGGAGGCCAGGGGAGCCCUUGAAUGGUCAGUUAGGAAUGACAGAAAGCACAAAUCAUGAGGAUGAGGAUUUGCAUAGGGAGACAGACACUCUCACUGGACAGGCAGCUGGAACUUUUCCAGUUAUUCAGCCAGGAAGAUUUCCCUCUCAUCAGCCAGAAAACCAGGUGCCUGCUGUGCAACCACCAAGACAAAACCGAGAACACAACUGGAAACAGGUUGGAAAAACUGAGUGCACAACUACAUGUGGGAAAGGGUCACAGUACCCAGUUUUCCACUGUGUCAACAGAAUCACUCAUGAGGAGGUGUCUGAGAGUUACUGUGACAGCAGUACCAAGCCCAUUCCAGAAGAGGAAGCCUGCAACCUCUUCCCAUGUCCCGCUUUCUGGGACAUAGGGGAAUGGUCUGAGUGCAGCAAAACAUGUGGCCUUGGUAUGCAGCAUCGACAGAUCUUAUGCCGGCAAAUGUAUGCCAAUCGUACCUUGACAGUUCAGCAGUACCGCUGUCAUCACCUGGAGAAACCAGAGACAACCAGCACUUGCCAGCUGAAGAUUUGCAGUGAAUGGCAGAUUAGGACAGAGUGGACAUCAUGUUCAGUGCCUUGUGGAGUGGGGCAGAGGACCCGAGAUGUGAAAUGUGUCAGCAACCUUGGAGACGUUGUUGAUGAUGAGGAAUGUAACAUGAAGCUGCGGCCAAAUGAUAUUGAGAACUGUGACAUGGGUCCCUGUGCUAAGAGCUGGUUCCUUACAGAGUGGAGUGACAGGUGUUCUGCAGAAUGUGGUGAUGGAGUCCGUACACGUUCAGUGGUUUGCAUGACAAACCAUGUCAGCAGUUUGCCUCUGGAAGGCUGUGGGAAUAACAGACCUUCUGAAACAACUCCCUGUAAUAAUGGACCCUGUGCUGGUAAAGUGGAGUGGUUUGCUGGGGGCUGGACACAGUGCUCUACAGAAUGUGGCAGUGGAACUCAACAGAGAGAAGUCGUUUGUGUUAGGAAAACUGAAGGUACUUUUGAUGUUUUGAACCCCUAUGAAUGUUCAUAUUUGGAAAAACCUCCCAGCCAGCAAUCCUGCUACCUCAAACCAUGUGGAUCUAAGUGGUUUCAUACAGAAUGGAGCACAUGUUCCAAAUCCUGUGAAGGAGGAUUUCGGGUUCGAGAGGUACGAUGUCUGUCAGAUGAUAUGACAGCCAGUACUCAAUGUGAUCCACAGCUUAAACCUGAAGAAAAAGAACCAUGUAACACGCAAGACUGUAUCCCUGAAAUAGAUGAGAACUGCAAAGAUAAAUACUACAAUUGCAAUGUGGUGGUUCAGGCCCGGCUCUGUGUCUACACCUAUUACAAAACAGCCUGUUGUGCAUCCUGUACACGUGUGGCAAACAGACAAUCUGGGUUUCUAGGACGUAGAUAACAAAUACUCUUCUACUCAAAGUGGCAAUCUCAGUCUUCAGAUGACGCUUGAACAGUGUUACUGUUUGACUACAGCAGGUUUUAGCUUCUUAGAGAUGGGUUUUAUAUUGCUGAGUACAUCAAGACUAUGGUUAAAUUUCACACCCUUUCAGUUACAGUUAUUGUGCAAUUAUCUUUUUUAAAAAUGUUUGUUUUAAGCCCACAAUCUUUUUAAAGCAUUAAUUUUUAAUGAUACUAUUCUUUGCACCUGCUCAUCAGAUAACUAAUUAUUUAAAGAAUAUACCAGCCUUAGUAUUGUGAAAUUAAUGAAAACUAGAUCAGUCACAGGCAAUUACUGGAGAUAUUUGACCAGUAUGGGUACAGCUGCUGCAUUAUUUUCUGAGUGCUUACUCUUACUUCAUAUUUUGGACUGCCUUGAAUUAGGUGACUAAAUCAGUGAAAAAUGCACAUGAGAAAAAUUACUUCACAAAGAACCAGACCCUUGAAGAUCCGUUUACCAUCAGUUUCUUAGAACUCUAACAUAUAUUUUUAAUUACUUCGGUCCAUUCAUAAUAAAGUAGAGUCACUGUUAAGCUCUCUCAGUUGUACUUUUAAGUGA